UUCAUUUCAAUACUUUGGGAAACUCAUCAAGUUUGCGUCACCGCCAUUCUUACUUUACUUUCCUUUGUCAGAGAAAAUUCAAAAAGCUUUUACAGUUUCCACCCCCCGAACUUCCAAUUUUAGCUUUUUGGCGUUAGCUCUCUCUUUCACUAUGCUAUGCAGCGGAAGGACACAAACAUGCACAUCCUGGAUUUGAAGUAGGCUUUGUGUCAUUCAAUAACGGUUGUUUAAGGCUUCUAACAUGUCAAACUGUUUAUCUGACUCUGAAUCUGAUUAUGAUGAUGUCCCUGUGAGAGGAAAAAAGUUAUUGUCGUCUUUGAAUUUGGGAACAUGUAGUAUUAGUAACUCUGAUGGUUCUGUUAAGAAAAGGCUUACUACACUACCAAUUAAGAGGCAUUUAGAUAACACUGAUUCCUUUCACACUUCUGUUAAGAAACCAAAGGUGUAUGCGACGAAGUUGGUCGAUAGACCAUAUUCCACAAGGAUGAAGGAGAAUAUAAAGAUAGAACUUGAAAUGGUUGAAAAUUUGAUCGGGAAUUGCAAAAGAAUGAGGAAUGUGGAAGAGGAGAGAUUGCAAUCCGUUGAGAGAUAUGUUGAGGAGUGCUCCCAAAAGAUUCUAAAAAUGAAAAGGAAAGCUACUCGCCUUAGAAUGAUUAGUCAAUAUUACAAUAAUAUGCAGAGCAAAAUUGAAGAAUGUGUUAAAGAUCUCACAGAAAACGAGGCACGUGUCUGUUUAAUUGAGGAUUUGAUUAAAAGACAUAAGCAUGAGCUUGAGAAAAUUAAGAUAGAACUCCGCAAAGUCGAGGAUAACAAAGACAAAGAUGGUGGAAGAAAGAGGAGCUCGAGACUCUUUCGCAAUCAAAUCGGUGAAUGUACUAAGGAAGUUAAGACCAAAGAGGAAGAGCUUGAGGCUUUGAAAAUAUCUGUUAGGGAUAACAUAGAAGAACUGCGGACAGACAGGCAAAAGUUACUAAAUGUAAUGGAAAAGAGGGACAAGAGGAGGGCUGACCGCAAUGAACAAAUGAAGGAAUUUGAAUCAACGAAGAAGCAAUGUAACCGACGACUAAAGGAGCUUCAUUCAAAGGAGAAACACUUUGAAGUACAAGCAAAGGAGUUGGAGUCAAAGCAAGAGGAAUUUGAAGGUCGGAUGAAGGAGUUUGAAUCAAAAGAGAAGAAAUUCUAAGGCCAGUUGAAGGAACUUGAAUUAAAAGAGCGUGAAUUCGAAGACCAAGUAAAGGAACUGGAAUCAAAAGAGAAGCAUUUUGAAAGUCGGGUGAUGUUGGAGCUUGAAGGCCUGGCAAAGGAGUUUAGAUCAAAAGAGGAGAAAUUUCAAGGCCGAGUAAAGGAGCUGGAAUCGAAAAAGAAACAUCUUGAAAGGCAAGUGAAUGAGCUAAAUUCAAGGGACAAGCAACUUGAAGGUUGGAUGAUGGGAAGAAAGGAGUCUUCUGAAAGACAAGUAAAGGAACUGAGGUCAAAAGAGCAACAGCUUGAAGCUCGAGUAAAAGAAUUUGAAAUAAAAGAGCACGAAUUUAAAGGCCAGUUGAAGGAGCUUGAAUCAGAUAAGAUGCAUUUUGAAAGUCAACUGAAGGGGCUCAAAUUAAAAGAGGAUCAACUUGAAAGUUGGGCGAAGGAGUUUGAAUCAAAAGAGGUGAAAUUUAAUGACCAGGUGAAGGAGUUUCAAUCAAAGGAGGAGGAAUUUAAAGGCCGGGUGGCAGAGUUUAAAUCAAAAGAGAAGGACUUUGAAAGCCAAAUAAGAGAAUUUGAAUCAAAAGAAGAGAAAUUCAAAGUCCGAGUGAGAGAGUUUGAGCUAAAGUGGCUCGAACUGCAACUGAAUGAGUUGAAGUCAAAAGAGAAUCAAUUUGAAGGACAAGUGAAGGAUCUUGAGUCAAUGCAGAAUGAAUUUGAUGGACAACUGAAGGAGCUUGAGUUAAGAGAGAAUCAAUGUGAAAUGUCAUUUGAAGAGGUAAUUGAAUCAGAUGAUCAACCAAGUCCUGCCAUUGAUGGAAGAAGUUUGCAAUUGCUCCCAAUGGAGCAGACUGAUAAAAAUGAGUCGCUUGGCAAUGAAAUUCGAACCAGACUUCUAGCAUCAUCAGAUCCAUCAAAAGUUGUUUUGGAUAUAAUACAGAAUCCGAGCAUUCCACAUUGUAGGAAGGGCAACAAUGUUAUAAUUAUUGAUGAUGGCCACAUUGUUAUACUCGAACAACUUAUGAGAAUCUCACCACAAAUUAAACCUUGUGUAAGAGAAGAAGCAACAAGGCUAGUACUUAAUUUGAAAGCUUACAUUGGUGAAAACACUGAAAAUUCCGUGGCAGUUCUUGGUUUUCUGCUCCUUCUGUCGAUUUAUGGAUUGGUUCCUUAUUUUGAUGAAAAUGAAGUUUUAAAGCUUUUUGGAUUUGUUGCUCAACACAAGAUAGCGGUAGAGCUGUUUGGAACUAUGGGUUUAGCAGAUAAAGUUUCUCAUUUUGUUCAGAAUCUUAUCCGUAAGAAGCAACACGUUGAAGCUGUUAGAUUCAUUUGUGCUUAUAACAUGGCCAACAAGAAUCAAGCAGUUGAUCUCUUGCGUGAACAUGUGCAGAGUGCAAAAGUGAUUUCUGAGAGCAAUUGCACGAAAACCAACUCCUUUAAAAUCAAGGAUAAGGCAAGAGACCAAGAAAUUGAUACUCUAAGAACUGUUCUACAGUGCAUUUCGGAUAACAACAUAGAGUCCGUGGAUUUACUUAACCAGAUUCAAGGUAGAAUUUUUGAGCUAAGUAGACAGAAAAGAUAUUUCAGUGUCUAAAACCGACAUCUGAACGGUAGUUUCUACAGUUUAAAUUUUUAGAUGAUUUUGAGAUUUUCUGUCACUUUCCUUAAGAUCAAAUUAACACUAAUUCAGGAUGUAUUUUGUAAGGUUGUAUGACAUAUUAUGUCCGUUGUUGAUGUCAAUAUAACAGUAAUUAUGUUGAAAUGAAUUAACAGGAUUCUGUCUUAUUCAAUGAAUUAACAGGAUUAUGUUAAUA